UUUCAAAUGAUAAUUUUCAUUAAUCAUGGCAUCCCUGACAUAAGAACCAUUUACAAUAAUACAAAUAAGUCUCCACUUUCUGACAGUGUUGUGUUUAAUUUUUCUGUCAGAAUCAGUCCAUUCGAAAAGUUGGGUAGAGGUGUUUCUGUUUCGCAACCAAAUUCUUGGAAUCUAAAUUACAAUAACAAAUAUGGCCAUGAUGCUUGGAAAGCAGUUGAACCGUCUAUCUGGACCUUGCAAAAUGGCACCAGUGAUGGUUAAUCAUUAUUCCACCAAACCCCUCAGAGAAAUCACUCAUCCACAUGAAAGGAAACCAAAUAUUGUUUGUCCGGAGGAGGCAGUAGCCAUUAUAAAGUCAGGUGACACUGUGUUCGCAUCUGGUGCCGCAGCUACUCCAAUAGAUAUGCUCAAGGCCUUGACAAAGCAUGGACAGAAUAACAAGCUGAAAAAUGUCACCGUGUGUCACAUGCACACGGAAGGCCCCGCUGAUUACUGUGCGCCAGAAAACAAGGACAUCUUUCGCUCCAACUCUUUCUUCAUGGGCGGCAAUGUCCGUAAGGCUGUAGCUGAAGGUCGUGGUGAUAAUUUGUCGAUUUUCCUGCAUGAGAUUCCGCAACUCUUCUAUAAGGGUAUUGUCCAGCCCGAUGUAGCGAUCGUGCACGUCUCACCACCAGAUCGUCACGGCUUCUGCUCCCUCGGCACAAGUGUUGAUUGCGUUCGUGCAGCUGCCAAUCAUUCGAAAAAGAUUAUUGCCCAAAUUAACAAGCAAAUGCCACGCACUUUUGGUGAUGCUUGCAUUCACUCAUCUAAUUUCGAUUUUGCUGUUGAGGUCGACACACCUUUGCCUCAGCACGGUGGAAAACCACCAAGCGAAGUUGAGAACAAAAUCGGCAAACUGAUCGCCGACAAUUUAAUUUGCAAUGGUGCCACGCUGCAGAUGGGUAUAGGUAAUAUUCCGGAUGCUGUCCUGAAUGCUUGCCAUAACCACAAGGAUCUCGGUAUUCAUUCGGAAAUGUUUGCCAAUGGUGUUGUGGAGUUGGUGCGAAAGGGUUGCGUAAACAAUAGCAAAAAGAAGAUGCAUCAAGGACGCAUUGUCGGUUCAUUUUUGAUUGGUAAUCAAGCUUUAUAUGACUUUGUCAAUGACAAUCCUUUCAUUGAAAUGUACGGUAUCGACUAUGUAAAUAAUACCGGUAUUAUUAAGCAGCAGCCUUCUAUGACUGCCAUCAAUUCGGCCAUUGAAGUCGAUCUCACUGGCCAAGUGAGCUCCGAUUCGAUUGGUACGCGUUUCUUCUCGGGCUUCGGUGGACAGGUAGACUUCAUUCGUGGUGCUGCUGAAGGUCUUGAUGGCAAAGGUGUGCCCAUCAUUGCGUUGCCAUCUGUCACCAACAAAGGCCAGAGCAAAAUUGUGCCCAUAUUGCAGCCAGGAGCUGGUGUGGUUACUUCUCGUGCUCACGUUCACUAUGUUGUCACUGAGUACGGUAUCGCUUCGCUCUUUGGCAAAAAUAUGCGCCAACGUGCCUAUGAACUCAUUCAAAUCAGUCAUCCCGAUCAUCGUGAAAAACUCGAAAAAGCCGCAUUUGAGCGCCUUAAGGUGAUGCCAUCAUGUUGAACAUCGUAACCGUGAUCUUAUACAUAUAAAUUGGCUCAAUGCAAAGUGUAGAUACUACAUACGUACAUAUGUGGUCUUGAAUAAGUGUUUUAAAUAGUAAAUCGGCAUAUUAUAAACAUAAACACACUCGUGAUCCUAUAACACGCGACACCCAUUAUUGAGUGCUAAAUUGUAUAACCGUAAAUUUUAAAAUAGCGAAACAAAAUUAAAAAUAUGUAACUUUAUGCGUAUUAAAAGAAUUAUAUCAAUCAUUCCCGUAGCAGAAAUAUCAGCAUUUUACAUGACGCAGACAUACACCAGUUGAAAGAAUUUGGUAGAAAUUAGAGUAAAAUCUUAAAUAAAAAAGGGAACAGAGAAACUGCCUAGCAAUGUAGGUAUUAAUUUCGUGCAAUUUAUUAAUUUUGAAUCGAAAACUUAUUCGAAAAUCGUAAAAUAAAUAAAUAAAUUUAAAAUACAAAAAUAA